ACUAUCUGGGAGACGUGAAGAAUACGAAUCUUGGUACGAAUCGGGGGAGUCAUAUCACUGCCAUAUCACUGCACCAUGUUCCAAAAUGGAGUGCUUGUCUUCUGCGAUGUUUGGUAAUUUUAGAGAUUCAUUUGGAUAUUCCAACCUUAACAGCUCACGUCUUUCCAAAAUAAACUUUGAAUCCAGCUUAUUUAAUGGCAUCGUACUUUCCAACUGGGAUAACAUCAUAGGCCCUAGUCUGGGCCACCUUUGGUUGGAGUGCGAGGAAAAAUGUAAAGAAGAUAGUGUGAAGUACGUAGUAACACACACCCUGAAUGGUGAACUCACGCGGCAAGCACCGCCUAACGCGGUCGACACGAAGUUUUUUAUCAUCAAAGAACGCGAUUUGGUGUUUUCCUCUUAUAUAUUUACUGGUAUUUCGAAAGGAGCAGGCGAGACAUUAUAUUCAUUGAGCUUAUUACUUCCGUUUUCUGGUUUGAAGGAGUACUUACGGUAUCAAGAGUUAGUGGAUAUUAGAAUGAAAUUACUUGUAGCUAGGUUCAGAGUUUUGCAAGAAAAGGACCUAUUGACUUCAAUUCCAAACCUCUCUAAAUAUUUACCCAGUUUAAUUGGAAUGGUUUCUUCACUUCAUUUACAUGGCUUAUCCAGUACUUUGUCUGUUUGGGACAGUGCUUUUGCUCCUGGAAACAGCUCCUGCUUUACCUCAUCAUUUCUUGAAAAAUGUAUCACAUCACAUCUGGAGACCUUUGGAAGUAGUGUGGUCAUUGGGAAAGCAAUAGAACCUAUUAAUUUGAUGAUCAACACGUUGGCAUUAUUUUUAUCACCUGAAGAGAGAUGUCAGUCUCGAUCUGUGACAAAUGAUGCAAAGAUGGAAUAUGAGUCAGAUCUCUUUGUACAAGGAAUUUUAAUGAAUGAAGAUGGUAGUUUUGAAUUGAGCCCCAAAAGGAUUUUAACAAGUCGUUUUCCCACCACAGUAAUUAAUCUUGAAAAAGAAGAUGUCAUGCAGUCAAGUCUCUUUGCUGACCAUUCUUCGACUCGUCAUCAGUUUUUAAACACGGAUUUGGAGUAUCUUUGGAAUGAUAAUGAAGAUGCUCCCUUGUAUCCUGCAUUAGGAUUAUUUCACAACUUGAAACACGAAAGCAAGAUGAUUAGUGACAUGUUAAGUGAUAUUCAAUUGUUACCUGCACAAGACAGCAUUCGUUUAGUAUACAUUGAAAAUUUUAAACGCCUCAUAAGACGAAAAGCUGUGGCUGUAAUCAAGUACAUUGAAGAUCUUUCGAAAUAUGGUUAUGAUCGAAUGGAAAGCAGUGGAUUACAGGAAGUGAGACAACAACUACAUUUAACUAAAGAUGGUGAUUUUCUUAUCACACUAGCAAGUGCGGAAAAACUCCGUCCAAAUAUUUAUAUGUGUGCCAUGGGAGAAGGUGGUCAAAACGGAAUUGAAGCGAUAUAUAGGAAUGUCCUGGGAUGUUUAUAGUACAGGCGAUUUAUUUUUCAACGAUAUAAAAAAAGACACAAGAAAAAAUUUGCACAUGAAAAAUAUUUUGACACAAGAAAAGAAAUUGGAC